GCAAAUUGUGAAGCGAGCAACAUAGCAAGGAUUGACGUUGUUUGUGCUCUCAAUAAGAAUCAGUGUGCUGGAAGGAGAAAGUGGUUAUCAAGAUGUUGUAGUAAAUAGUGCGAUGUAUGCCCUCCCGUUACCCAUUGUCGAAGAACUUAAAUGGGUGUUUAGAUGGGAUGGGUUGUCAUUUCCGGCCAAAGGAAGCUCAAUUUCCUGCAGCUGGUUUGCUUUGGCCAAGGACUGCAGGGGAGGAAAUUCGCUCUGGGCCACCGAUUUUUGUUCAUAAUAAUCUUUAGAAAUCCAAAGUUUCCUUCCAGAUUUUUUUCAAUGCGUUCCGUGGAUGAUUAUUAUGACUUCCAGCCAACCAUUGCUGUCAUCAUCUUCUAGUAAUCUAGAUCCUUCACCUGUGGAGCCUCCACCUCCGCCUCUGAAUGUUGUCUCCUUGAGCCGCCUUUGCCCCACUACUUCAUUGUCAUCUUUGAUUUUUGACGGUGCUCAAAGCAAUUACUUAGAUGUAAAGGACAAUGAUAUUGUCUCUGUUGGAGAUACAGAUUGUUAUCAGAAACCUCUUGAUCACACUGAUUCUGUUGUGACCAUAGAAAGGUUCCAUUCAGCGGAUUCCCAGUUCUUCCAACGGUUUUCGUUGGAAUGCCCCACGAAGGAAAGGAGGCAUCUGGUAUCCUGGGGAACAAUGGAGCUUCAGGAAAAUCCCGCAACACUUGAAAUUUCUGGUGUAUCUCUGGUUCAGGACAGAGUGAGCAAAUCUCAGCGGGUCCGCCACAGAAGUGUGCAAUUUGAAGAUAAUUUAUCAGCUGAAGAGAAUCCAAGAUUAAUUUAUGUUAAUGACCCAAAGAAGACAAAUAGCAAGUAUGAGUUCACAGGAAAUGAGGUUCGAACCAGCAAGUACACUGUGAUCACGUUCCUGCCCAAGAAUAUUUUCAUCCAGUUCCAUCGUGUUGCUUAUUUGUAUUUCCUAGCUAUUGCUGCUCUGAACCAGCUCCCGCCUCUCGCUGUUUUUGGAAGAACAGUUUCUCUCUUUCCUCUCCUCUUUGUGCUUGCUGUUACAGCUUUUAAGGAUGGCUAUGAAGAUUGGCGAAGGCACAGAUCAGACGAGAAUGAGAACAACCGUGAGGCUCUAGUACUUCAAUCUGGUCAGUAUAGGCUGAAGAAAUGGAAAAAGAUACAAGCUGGUGACGUUUUAAAAGUAAGUGCCAAUGAAACAAUCCCAUCUGACAUGGUUUUGUUGGCGACAAGUGAUCCAAGUGGAAUAGCUUAUAUCCAGACAAUAAAUUUGGAUGGUGAGUCAAACCUAAAAACAAGGUAUGCUCGGCAAGAAACAGUUUCAACUGUUUUUGAAGGGCACACCAUUUCAGGGCUUAUCAAAUGUGAGCAGCCUAACAGGAAUAUUUAUGAGUUUACAGCUAAUAUGGAGUUUAACAAGCAGAGAUUUCCCCUCAGCCAAUCCAACAUCCUCUUGCGUGGGUGCCAGCUGAAGAACACCGAAUGGGUACUUGGUGUUGUUGUAUAUGCUGGGCAGGAGACAAAAGCAAUGUUGAACAGUACAGCAUCCCCUUCCAAACGAAGCAGACUAGAAAGCUACAUGAAUAGGGAAACCCUAUGGUUGUCGGUUUUUCUUUUUGUCAUGUGUGCAGUUGUGGCACUUGGGAUGGGCCUUUGGCUUGAACGCCACAGGGUGCAGCUUGAUACGUUGCCAUACUACCGUAAAAGAUACUUUAGAAAUGGACGCUAUGAUGGGAAACCAUAUAAAUACUAUGGGAUUGCUAUGGAGACGUUUUUCUCAUUUUUGAGUUCGAUUAUAGUGUUUCAGAUAAUGAUUCCAAUAUCUCUGUAUAUUACAAUGGAGAUGGUCCGGUUAGGGCAAUCCUAUUUCAUGAUUGAGGAUAAGCAUAUGUAUGACAGUAGCUCUGAUUCCAGGUUUCAGUGCAGAUCAUUGAAUAUAAAUGAGGACCUAGGGCAGAUACGCUAUGUAUUUGCUGAUAAGACAGGUACACUGACUGAGAACAAAAUGGAAUUCCAGAGAGCCAGCGUGUAUGGGAAGAAUUAUGGGAGCUCCUCUAGUGUCACAGAUGUUACGAUGCCAGAAGCUUCCAUUUCAGCCGGAGCUGCUGGAAAGAGAUGGAAGCUUAAAUCUAAGAUCGUCACUGAUACUGAACUUGUGAAAUUGUUGCAUAAAGACUUAGAUGGAAAUGAGAGAGUGGCUGCACACGAGUUUUUCCUUACUCUGGCAGCUUGUAAUACUGUCAUCCCAAUCCUUCGACACAGUUCUAGUUGUGCAAUGAGUCACUUACAUGAAAAAGUUGAAGGUAUUGACUAUCAGGGUGAAUCUCCUGAUGAGCAAGCUUUAGUUGCUGCAGCCGCCGCUUAUGGUUACACUCUUAUUGAGCGUACUUCCGGGCACAUUGUGAUUGAUGUCAAUGGUGAGAAACUAAGGUUGGAUGUGUUAGGUCUGCACGAGUUUGAUAGUGUGCGCAAGAGAAUGUCAGUUGUCAUAAGAUUUCCCAACAAUUCUGUAAAGGUUUUGGUGAAAGGCGCUGAUACUUCAAUGUUCAAUAUUUUAGCAAAACCGAUUGAUGAGGUUGAUCAUGGAGCCAAUAUAAUGCAUGCAACAGACAGUCAUUUGACUGAAUAUUCAUCACAAGGUUUGCGCACACUUGUUGUUGCUGCAAGGGAUCUUACUGCUGCAGAGUUUGAGGAGUGGCAACAGAUGUAUGAGGAGGCAAGCACUUCGUUGACUGAGAGAUCAAUAAAACUACGUCAAACUGCAGGUCUUAUUGAAUGUAAUUUAAAUCUUCUUGGGGCCACUGGAAUUGAAGACAAACUGCAAGAUGGUGUGCCAGAAACCAUCGAGUGCCUUCGGCAAGCAGGAAUCAAUGUUUGGGUUCUUACUGGAGAUAAGCAAGAGACUGCAAUCUCAAUUGGUCUCUCAUGCAAACUCUUGACCCCGGAUAUGCAGAAGAUUGUAAUCAAUGGUCAUUCUGAAGAUGAAUGCAGACGUCUUUUGGCUGAUGCAAAGUCCAAAUAUGUUGUGAAAUCAGCAAUUUUGAGGAAUAAGGAUCUGAAACAUAAAAAGUGCACUGAAAAUGAUUAUCUUGAGAUUGCUGAUGACACAAUAACUUCCAGUGUAUCACAGUGGCAUGCAGGGAAAGCGGUAGGCAUGAAAAGUGCUCCACUAGCUCUGGUAAUUGAUGGGAACAGCCUUGUGUAUAUCUUGGAGAAAGAUCUGGAACCCGAGCUUUUCGAUCUGGCAAUUUCCUGUAAGGUUGUGCUUUGUUGUCGUGUUGCACCUCUGCAAAAAGCUGGGAUUGUUGAUCUCAUUAAAAGCCGGACUGAUGACAUGACAUUGGCAAUAGGAGAUGGGGCUAAUGAUGUUUCAAUGAUCCAAAUGGCGGAUGUUGGGGUUGGGAUAUGUGGUCAGGAAGGACGACAAGCAGUGAUGGCAUCAGACUUUGCCAUGGGGCAGUUUCGAUUUCUUAAAAGAUUGCUCCUUGUGCAUGGACACUGGAAUUAUCAGCGUGUUGGUUGCCUGGUCCUGUACAACUUCUACCGUAAUGCUGUAUUUGUGCUGAUGCUGUUCUGGUACAUAUUGUGCACAGCAUUUUCAACAACUUCUGCGUUAACAGAUUUGAGUAGUAUGCUAUAUUCUGUUCUGUAUACUUCUGUCCCUACCAUUGUUGUUGGUAUUCUGGAGAAGGAUUUAAGUCAUAAGACACUACUCCAGCAUCCAAAGCUUUAUGGAGCAGGGCAUAGACAAGAGAGUUACAAUAUGUACCUCUUCUGGAUUACAAUGAUAGAUACUCUUUGGCAGAGUCUUGUUCUUUUUUAUAUACCUGUUUGCAUCUAUGAGGAUAGUACAGUUGAUGUGUGGAGUAUGGGCAGUCUAUGGGCAAUUACGGUUGUUGUUCUUGUGAAUAUUCACUUGGCGAUGGACAUACAACGUUGGUUCUUGAUCAUUCAUAUUGCAACUUGGGGUUCUAUAGUCAUCACAUGUGCUUGUUUGGUGAUAUUGGAUUCUAUACCAAGAUUUCCCAAUUACUGGACAAUUUACCAUCUUGUGAAGUCAGCUACCUAUUGGCUCACCAUCAUUCUUACAAUUACCAUAGCAUUGCUCCCCCGAUUUCUUUUCAAAGCUAUACAUCAGUUUUAUUGGCCUUCAGAUAUUCAGAUAGCUAGAGAAGCUGAAAUACUGAGGAAAUGGCCAGACCAUCUGAGAUCAAAACCAGAUCAAGGUUCAAGAUAGCAAGUGUGUUGCUUUCUUGAGAAGAUCUUCAAUCCUGCAUGGUUCACCUUGAAUUGACCAACUAAUUUUCUCUUUAAGGAGCUUAUCCUGAGGAUGUCCACGGAUGGGUGCUCAUGCUGUCGAGGGGGACUGAGGAAGGAUAAGUGAAAGCUGGGUAAUGUUUAUUGUCAUGGGGAACAAAGACUCAAAACAAAGGAGCAAGGUCUUGCAGUAAAUGGUGAUGGUGGUGAAAUGAAGCAGCAUGGAGAGUGUUGUACUACUUGAUCUUGCAUGGUAAAUGGUAAUGAAGGGUAGAUGGUUUCAUAGUUGUGGUUGGGCCUUUGGGGUUGGAAAACUUGCAAUCAGGUGGAAGUAUAUAUACGUAAUUUGUGAUUAGAUGAUCAGUGUUUCUGUUUUCUUCCCUUCAACAUUGAAAUGGAUGUCAAAGACUCCAGGUUUGCAUUGAUUUGAUCCAGCUAGUGGCACACAUUGUACAUUACAGCCAUGGUGGUGGAUCCACUGUUUGACCAGUCACAUUGGCUGAUGAUACUAACCAUGAAUUGUAGACUC